AUGUUCUCAAGCAAGGAGACGAUGAUAGGCAGUGGUGGGAUAACAUGUCGCGAUAUAAGGAGCUUCGGAUUACAGCAGAAACGCCUUCAAGAAAACCCCAUUUUAGGGUAUCAAUCUCAACAGUUAUCAUCGAAGGAAAUGACUAAAGAUUACGUGAUAACCCCAGAUAGAUUUAAGAAUUUCUUCAACGAUUUGGACACUCGUAGAACCCUACUCACAACUGUCACUGACCUCAACAACAAAUUAGUCAAUCAUUUUAUUUCUUUAGAAGAAACCCUCAACCAAAAAUCAGUAACCUUAGAUACCCAGAUCGAGAAAUUCAAGAAAGACACCGAAAAAACCCUCGAAUCUCUUCAGGUUCGCGAGAGUGCUCUUCCUGAAAAGGAAGUUACAUUGGCAGCCCGUGUACAACAGCUUAAGGAUUCCGGAAUUAAAGAUAUUGAAAACGGGGCGAGUUCUCAUGGGAAGAAGAAAAGGAUGUCGGAAUUGUUAAGAAUGUGGUUUAGAAGGAUGGAUUCCAAAGGAUUAAUGGAGUAUCUGCUCGCGAAUAGGAAGAAAUAUGAAGUAUUGAGGAUGGAAACAGCCAUGGCGUCUGAGGAGGCGAUAGAUUUAUUAGCGUUUGUAUUGGAGGCAGUUGAAGACUAUCUGGAGUUGAAAAUUAGUGGUAAAUUUGGAGGAUUGGCACCCACACGAUGUGCUUGUGGGAUAUUGAUACAGGCUGCAUUUCCGAUUCCAUCUGGUGGUGAACUGUUUUGUUUGUCACAUGGUGGCGGUGGGGUUUCUAGUAAGUUAAAGGAGCGGUCGGCAAUGGUGAUGGAGAAAUGGAAGACUGUUUUGGGUAGUGGUGGUGGUGGUGGUAGUGCUCCUGGUUAUCGUGAGGAUAUAGUGGCCUCAGGGGAAGCUAUUCUUUUUCUAACAAUGGUUAUGGGGUUUGGAUUGAAAGACAGGUUUGAUGAUGAGUUCUUGAAGAGCUUGAUGUUGGAAGUUGGGAAUAGGAAGGAUAUGGCCAAGCUGGCAAUGGCUUUAGGUUUUGGAGGAAAAGAAAUAAUUGAAGAGUUGGUGAACACGGGAAAAGAGGUAGAAGCUGUGUAUAUUGCUUCAGAAGCUGGUUUAAGUGAUCUGUUUCCUCCACUUACACUGCUCAAAUCCUGUUAUGCUAAUUGUCAGAAAACUUUCACAAAAGAUUCUCCUUCAAGAGAGGAAAUCUUUAAUGAAUCAAAGAUCACUAGAGAGAUUAUAAAAUGCAUUGAAGACCACAAACUCGAAUCCGAAUUCCGCAUGAGUGCCAUGAGAAAACGGGUCGCCCAUUUAGAGAGAACCAAAGCAGAAAUGAAGACCGCCACAGCUGCCGCCACUAGAACGUCUCAUUCACCACCCCAGAAGCGGUCACGCUCCCCCCACCACCACCACCACAACCACCACCACCGGAGGUUUGAUUUUGACGCUUCCCCAUCUCCCCGGGCACCUAAAUCGGGCAGGGUGUCAAGUACUUUUACAGCUUUUCAUCGGCAGAGCCGCCCUCAACUGCCGACACAUCAGCCUGCUGCCGCCAGAUACCCGGCGGCAGCAGCAGCACCGUAUAGCUACUCGAGCCCUAGUGUGUAUGAGAGUGACCCGUAUGCGGUUGGGUAUGGUGCGGUGCACACCGAGAGUCAUGCGGGUUAUGGUCAGUAUGCGGGCCAGGAUCCGGUUCAGGCUAGUGGGUCUUAUGUGAGCCAGGAUGGAGCCGCUAGUGGGUCUUACUCUUAUGAUUAUAGUGCACCUGCUGUGGCUACUGAAGCUGCUACAUCAUACCCCGCUACGUGAAAUCAGAAAUGUGUUAACAUGUGAAGUGAACAAAGUUGAGAGGAAGUUGUUUUUGCUUUUUAGUUUAUGUUAAUAGGAUUUUUUUUUUUUUU